AGAGCCGAGUCUGGUCGGACGAUUCGGCUGAAACUCGGAUACAACUGUUAUUCCUCGGUUGGAAUAAAAAAAACUAGGGGGUUGGGGGGUGGGGGUUGGAGUUGUCAGUGAGGUGGUGAGUUUUAACAGUCGGUAGUCGGUCUCGGUCGAGCAUGGAGUCAGCACGUGCAACAAACGUUAAUGUCGACCUUGCACUGUGUCAUUCACGUACACAAGAGAUUAAUAAUGACGAGGACGACGACGAGACUCACAGUAAAUUGACGAGGAGGUGGACACCCAGUGGGUGGGGCACUGUCAGUCAUAUGUCGGUUUUUCGAUUUAUUUUUAUUAUUUUGUGUGUUGUUUUGGUUGAUGGGGGUACGGGGGUACAGGGGAGAGCUGAGGUAUUUACUAAUGCUUUUCUCGUUAAAAUGGUACAACCUGCUGAGAGGAGUGUUGCUGAUCGGGUCGCGAUCAGGAAUGGAUUUGUUAACCUGGGACCGGUACUUGGCAGCGAUACGGAGUACCAUUUUAUCCACAGGGCAUUGCCACAUGCCAGGAGCAAGAGAUCGGUGCCACACAUGAGACGACUCAAGAUCGAUCCUCUGAUUCACACAGCUGUGCAGCAGACGGGAUUUAAACGAGUGAAAAGGGGGUACAGACCCCUGUCGGUGGACAAUCUGGUGCCCCCGUACGAUCAAAAAUUGAUGAAGGAACAGGCGCGUCAGGAUCCCACUGAUCCGUACUUCCAGUACCAGUGGUACUUGAAAAAUACUGGACAAAAUGGCGGUAAACCCAAGUUGGAUUUGAACGUUGAGGCUGCGUGGGCGCAGGGUGUCACAGGGAAAAACGUCACAACCGCAAUUAUGGAUGAUGGCGUCGAUUACAUGCAUCCGGAUCUGAAGUACAAUUACAAUGCCCAGGCGUCGUACGACUUCAGUUCCAACGAUCCCUACCCUUACCCGAGAUAUACAGAUGACUGGUUCAAUAGCCAUGGGACACGGUGUGCAGGAGAAGUUGCUGCUGCUCGGGAUAAUGGAGUCUGUGGCGUGGGUGUUGCGUAUGAUUCAAAAAUUGCGGGCAUUCGAAUGCUAGAUCAACCAUACAUGACGGAUUUGAUUGAAGCAAACAGUAUGGGCCACGAGCCGGAUCUCAUAGAUAUAUACAGCGCCUCCUGGGGACCCACCGACGACGGCAAAACCGUCGACGGUCCCAGAAAUGCCACUAUGAGAGCAAUUGUUCGUGGAGUUAAUGAAGGUCGACGGGGUCUUGGUAAUAUCUACGUGUGGGCAUCUGGUGAUGGAGGUGAGGAGGAUGAUUGCAAUUGCGAUGGUUACGCUGCCAGCAUGUGGACAAUCAGCAUAAAUAGCGCCAUAAAUGACGGACAAAAUGCACAUUACGACGAAAGUUGCUCCAGCACUUUAGCUUCGACAUUCAGCAAUGGAGCUAAGGAUCCAAACACCGGCGUGGCAACGACCGAUUUAUACGGAAAAUGCACUACAACUCACAGUGGAACAUCCGCUGCAGCACCAGAAGCUGCAGGUGUAUUUGCACUAGCUCUCGAGGCGAACCCCCAGUUGACGUGGCGUGAUAUCCAACACCUCACAGUCCUGACGUCCAAGCGAAAUUCAUUAUUCGACGCCAAAGGGAGAUUUCACUGGACAAUGAAUGGAGUUGGCCUUGAAUUCAAUCAUCUGUUCGGUUAUGGCGUACUUGAUGCCGGCGCCAUGGUGGCACUGGCUAAAAAAUGGAAGACAGUACCGCCUAGAUAUCACUGUGAAGCUGGUGCUGUCAUAAAUAACAUGAAAAUUCCCAGCGAAGGAUCAAUUUACCUCAGUAUAAAAACAGACGCGUGCGCGGGCACAGACUAUGCUGUCAAUUACCUGGAGCAUGUACAAGCUGUUAUUUCCGUUAAUGCAACACGUCGCGGUGACUUGGAGAUAUUCCUUACAUCACCGAUGGGCACGAGAUCAAUGAUUCUGAGUCGACGAGUCAAUGACGACGACCAUCGGGAUGGCUUCACAAAAUGGCCAUUCAUGACCACUCACACUUGGGGGGAGUAUCCACAGGGGACUUGGAUACUCGAGAUUCGUUUCAACUCGCAAGCACCCCAGAAGGGUUGGAUUAAAGAGUGGACUCUGAUGCUCCAUGGUACGAGGGAGCCACCUUACACCGGAUUACCCGCAGCUGAUCCACAUUCAAAGCUUGCGAUUGUAAAAAAAGCACACGAGGAGCGUUCGAGUGCAAUGUAACGAUCACCGAAAUCAUGAAAAAUGAUACAGAGAAUAUUUAAAAAAAUGAAACAAUGGACCGAAAGUCAUUUCCGCGCCAAAAAAAGAUAUCACGACGGAGAUACCAACAAUCCCUUUGCGGAAGUUAAAUAAUUAUUUUUAUUUUUAGAAGGCCAGUUUUCGUUGAUUACUUUUAUCAAUACGUUCGUGUCUUCCUCAGUGAUAUUAGCUUCAUCAGGCACAAUAAUUCAAGCCUCUUGUGUCUUGUGGACAAAUUCAACUCGAUUUAGUUCUCGUAGUCUUUUGCGUGAUUCAUUAAUUAUUUGUUGAGGCGCACGAUGACUAUUACAUAAUUUUUUUCUAAUCAGUUUUUGCAAUGAUCCUUAUGAAAAUCUAAUCUUUCAAUGUCUAUGUAAUCGCACGCGUUAGUAUCUGUCUUCAUAAAAUCAGAAAAAGGAAAAAAAAAAUUGAGAUAAAAUGUGCAUGCAAAUUUCCUCCUCCACACGUCAUGUCAUCUAUGGAAAUAAUUAAUAGGAUAAUCUAGAAUUCGUUUGAUUGAGCAAAAUUGAGAUUUAUCUGUUGAAACUUUCAGCGUUUUAGGCGCCUCAUUUGUAUUUCGAAUAAUUUGAGACAGCGAAUCGCACAAAAACUAUCAAACACGAUAUCUCCCUUUGAAAUGAUACCAGAACAAUUAGACUUAAAGACUAUUCAUAUCGAACAUUGAUAUAAUUUAUCUAUUAUUUAUAAUUUAGACAUUGUGAUUAAGCAGAAUGAAAUAAAGGAUAAAUAUUGGGAACAAAUUGCAAAGUGAAACCGUAAAUUUGUAUUCAAUCACAUCGAGGAGGAAAAGCCGUAAUUUUUCUAAAUUCCCCGGGAUUUAUUGAGUUAUACGGGCCACAUGGCAAAUAUCAGUAUUAAGUGUUAAUAAAAUCAACUAUGAGCUGUAAAACUAUGUACUUGUGACCUCAGAAAUUAUCACCAAUAUUAUCUAAAGCAAUAAAAACACAUUGAUCAUGGGACAGAAUAGUAAAAAUAAUUCCCUCACACGAACUACUACUUUGUCUCAUGCUCCGACUAUUCUGCAAAUAAAGUAAUAUCACUAACAAAUAAUUAAAACAUAACAAAACGAUUUUGAAAAUAGGUUUUCCCAGGAAUAUAACACAGGAGAACAUACUAACCAGAUAAAUCCACCUGUUACUCUUUAGUUAAUUGUUAAUGAUAUUUAUCUGAUUUUAUUUUUAAAACAAUUGAUGGAUUAUUUUUGUUUAUCAUCUUCGAUGCUAAUUGAAUAUCACUUGAGGCUUUAUAAAGUUCUCUCUACUCGAUUGAUUCAUGUGAAUGUGUAUUUUUUUCCCAUUAUUUGUGUUUGAGAAGAAUAAUAUCGAAUUAGUAAACAGAAGGUUCAUAAACACAAAGAAAUAUCGUGAGUAAAAGACGAAGAGAUUAAAGUUCUAAUGUAGAUAUUAUAGUGGAGUAGUGAUCGAUACAUUGAGAUCACGUAUUUAAAUACAUAUAAAUAUAUAUGAAUUAUUAUAGUAAAAAGUGAUGAGACAUGUAUUUAAUCAACCUUAUUACCAAUAUUCCUUGAUUUUUUCAUUACGAGAAAUUUUUUAUUGAGUCACUCCGUUGAUUUGAUAUUUUAUCAUUUUUUUGACGUUACAAUAAGGUUGAUUAAAUCGACACUAAGACCAAAGGGAAAACUCAAUGAUUUAGAUCAUAAUUAAUCCCAGAAUUACCAUAAUUUGUCGAAAAAACUGAGUGAAAAGGGGAGAAACAACCACUGACGAAGGAGAAAAAAAAUUGCAAGUACCUGGCGCUGUUAUUCUUCACAACCCCCCGCCCCCCGCCCCCUGUUUUUUCUGUAAUAAAUUAUAUUCCCUCCUGCAUCCAAUUACUCUGGGGAAGAAAAACUAAAAUAUAUAUUAUACAGUAAUGAGAGAAUUUAAUUACAGAAGUGCGUUAGAUUUUAAAAAAUACGUCGGCUCUGUCGCGGCUAUGAAAGAUAAUAUUUAUAACAGAAUGGAAUAUAACAUGAUAUUAAGAGAUAAGAAAAAGUCUAUAAUGAAAGAGUGAAAUAUAAACAAAAUCCUUA